CGUUACAGGCGGUCCUGCAGGGUUCAUUAUGGCUCCGUAUGGUUAAUGUUUACAGCUGUAAAUGUCGUUGACAGGACUGAACAUCAUAACUGCUGUUCAGAAUUCUAUAUGAGUAUAAAAUAUUCUGUGACACCGAAGCUUUGAGGGCAACGGAGCGGUGAGCGGUGACUUUACGUUAGCUGUGAAUCUGGGGGAAGAACGGGAUCAUAAUUUGCUCACUGUGGAUCUAAAGUUGUGUCACCGUCGGGAUGUUUGCCUCUUUAAAUCGGAGUUUUAAGGCUGCUUUAAAGCAGACUCAUGUACUGUCUGGAAACUGGAGACAAAUCACACAGACACGAGCAUGUGCCGCGAGCUCAGCAACUUUUCAUUCACGUGAAGACCACCUCGAGCUCAACUAUGGAGGAACAGAGAUGCGUUUUAACUACGUGUGGCUGCGGGAUCACUGCCGCUCAGAGUCUUCAUACAACUCCAAGACUAACCAGAGAAACCUGGACACUGCCACCAUACACCUGAACAUCCGUCCUGACAAGACCAGCGUGGAGGAUGGACAGCUCGUCCUUACAUGGCCUGAUGGUCAUGUAACAAAGUACAGCCUGAGCUGGCUUGCUGAGAACAGCUUCGAAGCUAAGAAGCAGAGGCCGGUCCAGCCUCGUGUCUUGUGGAACGCAGACAUCUAUGACAAAGCUAAAGUACCUGCCGCCAAAUGGGAGAAGUUCAUGAGCUCUGGUGACGAAUUAAAGAUGUUUCUACAGAACUAUCUUCUGUAUGGGUUUGCUCUCGUGGAAGAUGUCCCACCUACAGUUGAGGACACACAGGCUGUCACUGAGAGGGUCAGCAUUAUCAGGGAGACUACAUAUGGAAAAAUGUGGAGUUUGACAGCUGACUUUUCCAGAGGAGACACUGCCUACAGCACGCUGUCCCUGGAUCGUCACACUGACACCUCAUACUUUCAUGAGCCAUGUGGUAUCCAGGUGUUCCACUGUAUCAAGCAUGUAGCGACCGGCGGAAGGACCCUCCUCGUCGAUGGGUUUUACGCUGCUGAAAAACUACGGCAGAGAUCUCCCGAAAACUUUGAGCUGCUCUCUCGUCUGCCCAUCCCUCACGAAUAUGUAGAAAAGACCGGGAAUCAUACAAACCACAUAACUGGUAUCGGCCCUGUGCUCAACAUCUAUCCCUGGAACAAUGAAAUAUACAUGCUCAGGUACAACAACUCUGACCGAACAGUGAUAAACACCAUUCCUCAUGACCUGGUUCAGAAAUGGUACGUGGCACAUCGAGAGCUGACGACAGAGAUGAGACGGCCGGAGAAUGAGCUGUGGGUCAAACUGACUCCGGGAAAAGUUCUCUUCAUUGAUAACUGGCGCGUCAUGCAUGGGAGGGAGUCUUUCACUGGCAUGAGGCAGCUCUGUGGAUGCUACAUGACCAGAGAUGACGUUCUCAGUGCUGCACGUGGCUUUGGUCUGCUGGCCUGAUCCUGACCACAAAGACUGCUUCACCUCUGUACCUCAGUAGCAGGUCUACAAAAUUCAGUUAACCUCUUUGAGAUUUAAUGACGCUGCUUCAAUUUUAAAUACUCUGAAUCCUGUUUUUCUGAUAAUCAUCCAGACUCAGUAAACCAUACUGUAAAUAAGAGUUUUAAUUAAGUUUGCACUUAAGUCUUGGUUGUCAGAGCAACCAACAAAUCUCACUCGGAAUGAUAAAAUGCACGAUUAAAUCAAGCUACAGUUACGGCUUCAUUCAGAUCUUUGACUGAAUUGUUCUUACCUCAGUACCAUGGGAAAAUCAGUUUAUUCACUUAAGAGUGUCUGACUCUGCUGUAAUAGGUGGUGACAUGAGCUGGUUAAUAUCUGACCUUCUUCUGGUAAACUGUGCUAACAAGUUAGCUAGCAGCUUAACAGUUGAACUGUUAGUUUGCUAAACUGUGGAAAUACAGACAGCUCAACAGCUGUAAAGCUUUCUUUUGGUACAGAAUUAAGGACUGUGAUCCUCUUAUCUUAUUGUGAUAUCUGAAGGCAAUCAACAAUUCAACCCCUGCUGUGCUUAGCUUUUAUAUGUUUGACUUCUAGGUCAAAGACCAGCACAGAGACUGAGUGCAGACUAUGAGCGGAUUGCCUCGUCCUGUCUGCUCUGAUAAAAAUGUUUACACACAAGAGAAUUGAUUGAUUUCACCACUAUGCACUGCAGAUUGUAGUCAGACUAAGUCAAUAAUAUGACUUUUUAUAUGUCAAGUGUCUGCAUUAAAUGUAACUUUUGAAUGUAACUUUUUUAUUUAAUUUUCAAAGUUGUGUCUACGAUGCCAGUGAGAUUUACACUUGAAACCAUAAAAUUUACAUUUUUCUUAUCAGUCAGAAUUUUAAAGUGUAAGGUACGGCCCCAGUCAGUGUCAUUACAGCCGGUUAAAGCUAAGACGCAUAAACACUAAUACACUCUAUGUUAUAUCUCAAGUUGUCACCUGUCUCUACCACCAUACCUGACUUCCCUGCCUCUCCAGUUCAAGCCACUUCCAGCAUAAAAGCCUUCCAGCCGGCCUGCACUUCCUCUUUCUCCAAACCAAGCAUGAACAGAGUACAAAGAAAUCCUGGACGUGAGUGGAAAUGAACCUCUCACCAUGCUUUGUUCUUGUUUUGUUGCUAUCAUUUGCUUUUAUACCAACAUAACAUUGUUUAAUGUUUACUGCAUUUGAAUGUACUUUCUUUAUUAAAAGGAUAAAGAAGUGGAAGCAUGAA